AAAGCGUUCUUUGUAAUGGUGAAUGUGUCUUGAUAGUAAUGAGAAUCGAUUAUGUGCGAAAUGUUGGGUAUUGAGUGGAUAUCUUGUUCUAAAAUGUAUUUAAAUAAUAGUAUUUACUAUAUUUUUAGCUGAAAUUGGUUUAAUGUUAGUGAAGUGUUAUGAAUUAUAUUUUUAAGUGCGGUUAAAUUACUGUAAGAACACUGAAACCGUCUGCAAGCCGUACCUAAACGAGGCUGAUGCCUUCACUGGCCUUUUACCCUCAUCAAAGGCCCACUUUCUAUUUUCUUGAGUUGAAUCUCCAAUAUUUUAAGCAUUCUGGCUUCAAGAAGGUUGUACAUGUCAGCCCAAGGUUCGUCUGAAUGCUCCCAUCCGCUCAACUCUUUCAGACAGAAAGCACAAAAGAAGUAUCUGUUGAAGUAGUGUUUCCCCUUUUUUUCCAAGUUGAGAAAGCUUUUUUUCUUAAAACUGCAUGUUUGCCAAGGGCUGGUGACUCGGCCACGGGGCUGCAUGUGUGUUCGACAUGGUGUCUACUCAGGGAGAGAUUAGGAUUGGUCCUUCACAUCAGUGAUGUUGUUUGAUGUGUUGCAGGGCUGGUGACUCGGCCACGGGGCUGCAUGUGUGUUCGACAUGGUGUCUACUCAGGGAGAGAUUAGGAUUGGUCCUUCACAUCAGGCAAGACUUCCAGACUACCGCAGCGGUGGAGGUGCAGGUGCAGGCGCAGGUGACCCAGAACUGAGCAAGGAGAGAGAGGAGCUACGAUGGCUACCAGCCAUGGCCCUGGACGGGGACCUGCUGAUGUACCUGCGCGCCGCGCGAUCCAUGGCAGCGUUCGCGGGCAUGUGUGACGGCGGCUCGGCAGACGACGGCUGUGUGGCCGCCAGCAGAGACGACACCACCAUCAACGCUCUUGACGUUUUACAUGACUCGGGGUACGACCCGGGCAAGGCUUUGCAAGCACUAGUGAAGUGUCCCGUUCCUAAAGGAAUUGAUAAGAAGUGGUGUGAAGAGGAGACCAAACGUUUUGUAAAAGGUCUCCGACAAUUUGGAAAGAACUUCUUCCGUAUUCGGAAGGAUCUUUUACCCCAUAAGGAUACUUCUGAGUUAGUGGAGUUCUACUACCUGUGGAAGAAGACACCAGGAGCCAACAACAACCGGCCACACCGACGUCGCCGGCAGGGCUCGCUGCGGCGCAUACGUAAUACGCGCCAGACUCGCGGUGGUACUCCGCACAACAACAGUCCGUCGGCUGACCCCUCUGCUGUUGGAGGUUCAAGGCCUUCGCCAAAUCCAAAGGAGCAAGGAGAAGGUAGUUCAGGCAGUGAGGAGGAGAAUUCUGAGGACGAUUCGGAUUCAAGAGACCAAACCAUUAAUCGCUGCCAGCAUUGUUUCUCGACUAGCUCGAGAGAGCUAGCGCCUUGUGGGCCCAAGGAACGCACACCAGUGUGUGCCGACUGCCGCGCACACUACGCCAAGGCCGGCUGCCUGCCACCGGUCUCGCGCACGGAUGCUCCCUACCUGUUCCGACCUGUGCAGACCGAAUCGCCCGAAGGUUCUCCCGGCCGAAUGAGGACCCGCAACAAGGCCAAGGAAACUCCGACGAAGGGUGGUGGUGGCAGCAGUGGUGGCCGGCCCAAGCGCAGCAGUGGUACCAACACUCCGGACCAGGAACUGGACAAGAGGGGAGGGGGAGGGGGCUGCAAGAGCCCCGGGGCCUCCAGUACUUGCUCCAACUCGCCUGGUGAACGGGCCAAGAAACGGCUGUGCGUUGACAAAAUAAAAUCAGAAUCCUCGUCUAAGUCACGCAAACGGCCACCAACAGAGACAGAGGGAGACGAUGAGAACAAACGCAAACGAGCCGAGAGCCCUUCAGAGAGUGUGACGUCGGACAGCGGCUCUGUUGCUGACGAAGCGGAGACCACUGAGCCGAGUAACCUGGACCUUGCGGAGAGCCUCAGCGAGCAUCCGCCCUCCGAGGUGCCGGCAGACGAUACCAUGCCAACAAUCAAGGAGGAGGAAGAGCCUCCUGCUCCUUCCUCCCCUCUCUCAGAAAACUCACAACUACCUGUGUUCAAAGUGGACGACUGCAAUGUAGUGUUUAAUGUGGGAGUGCCUAAGAAAGAACCUACAGAUACUAACAUUACCGUGAAGGAAGAACCCGAGAGCAAUCCUGCCCCAACAAACUUUUCACAACCUCCACCAUCCUCACCAUCGGCGGCUGAAGAGGAUGUGAAAAUUAAAAUUCCCGAUAUUAAACCAAAGCUCGAUGAUAAUUUCUUCUCAUUAUCAGUAAUAUCUGACAGAUCGGUCGAGCCCCCGAGUUCUGGCCCUUUACCAAAAGCCUUUGACGAUAUUCCCAUGCCCGGGAAGCUGACAGUAAAGAGAGAAGGGUUGUUUGAGCCCAUUCCAUCUGAAAGUGUAAUAGUCCCUAUGAUACCUACGACAGACAAUUUUGUGCCAAAGGAAGAGAUGAAUGUAAGUUCUCCUCCUCCUCUGCAGAAUCCAGUGGUGGAUCAGCGAACUGUUACUGUAACAACACAAUCGCAGACUAUAGCUGUGAACAACAUAAAACCUGAGUCCAGUGAAGAUUCUGCCUCAAGUGAGAAUUUGCGGCCUCCCUCAGCGUCAGAUCUGACAGCCCCGUCCCUCUCACCACUGCCUCUCACUGCUUACGCUCCAGCCUCUCCCAGGCAACCACCUCCUGAGUCCCAACACCAUGACGACAAGUCUGGUAUAAUCGUUCCUGCCUUCUCUGUCUCGGCGGAUGAGAAGCCCACUCUCAACAUCCCCUCCGUGCCUUCAGCACUCUCAGCCUCCAACCAUCAUUCUGGUUUCACUUCAUUUUAUCACCCUCACUUCCACUCACACCAAGGUAAAAUGAAUCCUUCUCCUCCAUCAUAUCUGAAUUCGGGUUUGCAAAGUGAGCCUCAAAAUUUAAAAAUAAAACAAGAAGUCAUACCUCCUGACUCGAUUCAACCUUCAUCUGACCCUCUUCAAUCACUGAAGGAAGUCAAAGUUCCGGGCUAUUCGAGUUCAUCUUCGAUUUCACAACCCCUAAUGCCGACAUCAAUUGCUCCCUCUUCCCAGGCAGAGCACAGCACCACAACACAGUCUUCUUCACCCUUCCAGAGUGUGGGUCCGACCGUGGAGAACAUCAAGAAGGAGCCAGAGAGUUUUCAUCCGAUUAGAACAAAUACACCAAGUAAAAGUCCUUCAGUCAAGCCAUUGGAAACUACUCCAAUCACUUCUCCAGCACCAAGAUCUUCUUCCACACAUACUCCCCCGUUCCCUCCUCCUCCACCUCCCGUCUCUCAUAGUGCUGCUAAUCUAAUUGCUCCAUCUCCGACAACAGCUAACCCCCCUACCUCACUCCCACAGCCUGUGAUGCAUCCCUCACAGCAACCGUCCCCUCUCAGUAGAGUGUCUCCAGGACAUCUAGCUCACCCUCAUGCUUUUGUACCUGCAAUGCAUCAUUCCCACCAUCUGAUCCACCAUCCAUUGUUUGCUGCCGCCGCCCAUGCUGCUGCUGUCCAUCAUAACCCUUACCACCCCCACCAUCCCUAUGCAGGGUACCCCUACCCAUUCCCGUAUGGUCCGUACCCCAUUCCACAGCCGGUGCCACCCCCAUCUCACCCCCGAGAGCCACAAAAGCGUGAGAGUCUGGAAACAACAAUGAUGACGUCGCACCACUCCUCAGUAACCACUCGUUCUCUACGAGAAGUUGAAACCAGGGAAGACUCCACCAAUCACCACACCACCCAGGAGAUUACUCAGACUCACCAUCACUCCACCUCACAUCACUCAUCCGUUCAUCACCACAGUGGGGAGAAGAACCCUCUGACCAUUAGUCAUUCGACCACAUCCAGCAGUUCAGCCAGCGUGCAGCACAAGAUCAACUCGUCCAAACGGGGCACUAGUCCAGCUGCCACUCAGGCUGCAUCGAGCUGUCACGUGUCAGCCACUCUGUCUCAGACGACAUCAUCUUCCCUGAGCACCAACCACGGCAGCAGCCAUCAGCACAGCCAUCAACACAGCCACCAGCACCACCACCAAAAUGCGGCAGGAGAACGUCUCAGUCCCUCCUCCGCCAUCAUGGGCACAUCUCCACUCCAGCUAGGAGGGUCAAGGGCAGGUGUAGGUGUGACUGGCAGCAGCAAACCUCACCCCCACCAUCCUGGACUGAUGGUACAUCCGCACCACCCCCUGCUGGCCACCCCUACCAGCUCUCUGGAGGCUCUCCGAGCCCACGCCCAGGCGGCUGCUCUCCAGAGCCCAGUGUCCUCUCAUGGUGGGAUGAUGGGACAUCCUGCUUUCCUGUCACCAGACAGAGGGGGAGAGGAGGUGAAGCCUGAGCCUCUAACAGUGUCCGGAGAUGAAGGAGGGGUCCCAGAGGAGGAGGAGGCACCAUCACCCACCCAGCACUCUCGUGGCCCCAGCCCAGAGCCCAAGGUGGAGGACACGGAAUGUCACCGCAGCCAGUCUGCUAUAUUCCUCCGACACUGGAACAGAGGGGACUACAACUCCUGCACUCGCACUGAUCUUAUCUUCAAGCCAGUGCCAGACUCUAAGUUGGCCCGCAAGCGAGAAGAGAGGAUCAGGAAGCAGGCGGAGAAGGAACGAGAAGAGAAAGAGAAGGCUCAGGCGAGAAAAAUAGCAACCCCUGAGAAACCUGAGGCAUCCAAGCCACCAUCCCGGGGACCAAUUGAGUCAAUCACUUCCCCCUAUGACAGGUUCAAUCCCAGGGCUGGAUAUCCAGACACACCAGCUUUGCGUCAACUCAGUGAGUAUGCCAGACCACACGGUGGCUUCUCGCCAGUCACGUUGCAACGUUCUGCCACCCUGGGUCUGCCGCCUCAGUGUAUCGACCCCAUGCUGCACUACCAGAUCAAUUCCAUGAACUCCAUGUACGGCCCUGCUGCUAGGGAUAGGUUGGAACUUGAGCACUUGGAAAGAGAGAAAAGAGAAAGAGAACUAAGAGAAUUGAGGGAGAGAGACCUCAACGAUAGACUCAAAGAGGAAUUGAUGAAAAACACACCGGGAGCCUCCCGAAUCUCUAACCCUUUAGAUCCUCAUUGGUUGGAACUGCAUAGAAGGUACCCGGGUCUGGGGCCAGGCGGUCUGCAUCAGUUCAGUCUAUACCCGGGACCAGGAGGACCCAGUCAAGCAGCAGCUCUGUCUCAGUUGGAGCGUGAGAGACUGGAGAGGCUAGGAAUCCCAGCUCCGGGAUCAGCUGGAUCAGCGCCUCCCACUUCCGGGCCACCUCCAGCCCCACCGCCUGCUCCAACCUCCGCAUUAGAUGCUGAGAGGCUAACGUUGACCACAGAUCCUAUGGUGCGACUACAGAUGGCUGGCAUCUCACCAGAGUACCACGCACAUACGCACGCCCAUACACAUGCUCACUCCCACACACACCUACACCUUCAUCCUGGGCAGCAGGCAGGGCAAGGACAGGCUCCCCCCGCGCCUCCUGACCCAACCACUGCCUUUCCUCUUCCAGCAAGUGGUAGUGCAGGAUACCCAAGGCCAAGCCUUUUACCGCCCCGCGAGGCAGCUCUCGCUCUUCACCACCCAUCGGAGUUGUUGCCCCGACCUUACGCUGACCAGCUUGCUCAUCAGGCUGCCGCCCAUGAGCACUUGCAACGUCAGAUACUGCUGGAAAGGGAGAGGUUCCCUCACCCAUCCCUUGUUGCCCAUCAUGAGGAGUAUUUACGGUACAGUGUUCACUAUUGGAAUACAAUGCAACAGCGAGAGCGUGAGUUGAAGGUGAGAGCUUUGGAGGAGGCUGCCAGAGGUUCCAGACAAUAGGCUAAAAUGAUCUGAAGCUGGACUCUAACUUCAGUAUUUUAAGUAUGAAAAAAUUGUUAUUUUAUAAAUAUCUUUGCAUUUUUUAUGUCAUUGCUAGAUUUUUUGUAUGUUGACUUGAAGUUUAUUUGAUAACAACAGUUGAAAUGUUUCAACCAAUUUGGCUGUCGGCCAUUUAGUGAUAUAUUUUAAUUUUUAUUCAUACAAGUUUUGUUCAGUCUUUCUUUUUGUGGUAUCAAAGAUGUGGUUUUCUAAUUUUUUUACUGACAUAGUUAUGUAUGAACUGGAUAACGUACAAACUGCCCAUAGGUGCUGUAAUAUGUACCACAUUCAUGUCAAUAUCUUUGUAUUAUAGAAAUGUGUAUAUACUGUUUUAUAUUCUAAAUGAUAUAUUUUUCCUAUGUUACUGAAAUUUGUAAGAUAUUUGAAUUGCUUUAGAGUAUAAAUGAUUUUUUCCACACAUAUCUCUGGACAUGAGAUGUACAUGUAACGAUGUUGCAAUACCUUUUUAUGUAGUUGAAUAAAUUUUUAUACAUCCUAAGAACAUUUUAUCUUGUUUAUUGUUUUUCAAAUAAGAUUAAAAAGUAAGAGUAAUUAACGUUUAAUGUUUUGAGUAGUUUUUUUAAAUAUUUAAUGUGAAACAAAAAUAUCAGCAUGACAGAGGUAAACCGUAAUAAAACAAGGUUUAACGUUUUGA